AUGCAUGGGCUCGGCAGGAGGACUCGGUCCAAGACCGGUUGUCGCACGUGUAGAAUUCGCAAGGUCAAAUGCGACGAAGAGAAACUAUUCGUUCCUGGCCAGCAGGAACCACAAUGCCGGCGUUGCACUGCGGCCCGGAUCGUAUGUGAGUGGAGGGGCGGCCCCAUCCCCCGGGGCCCAGCUAAAAGGCCCGGAAGAGACACUCGCCCGCUGGAAGUGCAGAUGGUCUGUCAGCCUGUCCCGUCUCCUGCGCGUUCUUUAUCGCCCACCGGUGGUGCUGGGAACAGCAUCCAAGCGGCCAAUUCCCUGGUGAUAUCGGACUUUGAUCGCUCGUGCUUGAAUUAUCUUCAGGAUUCUGCGCUGGUCGUGAUCCUUGUUAAAGAACCCAUGGUUAUGAGCAUGAUGUUGGCGACUACGUCAAGUGAGAUCAACCGGUCGCGUUUGUACGACCGGGACAAGACGGACGGACAAUGUACCAUUGAGAACCUGUCCGACAUGGACAGUAGGUUGCACUAUGGCCGGGCUCUCUCUGGUCUUCGGGAAGCGCUGAAACCAGACGUCAAGUCCCCGGCGCAGAUUGAAGCCAUCUUCAUUACCUUGUGGAUGAUGAUUGAUUAUGAGAACCGAUUCGGCAGCGGGACUGCUGGAAUUAAUAUCCACAUUCGCGGAAUCGAGAGUUUACUCUUCAACCAUGUCGUCCCGUCACUCAAACAACUAGAGCCUCCAAACGUCGCAAAUGCAGAGACAAAUUCACCAACUGCGAUAUGUAAUGUCGCAGUUGAGGCACAGAGUAUGAGCGCAUGCGAGAGCCCUGCGCUGCAACAGACCGCAGAUUUGUCCAAAGACAGACUUCGACAUACAGCGGUCCCUCUUUUCCUGCUUUGGACUUUGUACUUCUUCACACCGGGCGCUUUGCUCUCUGGCCCAGGUGCUGCCAGGCUCGAUGCCGACCUGUUCCGGUUUUUCAUGCAAGACGAAGCAGGAAGUGCGGGAUUGAGUCUUUCCGAGCUGUAUAGGAUUGGCAGACAGUCCCCGUCUCGAUUCUGGGGCGAUUCCUACCCCACCACAGCCCAAUUGGAUGAUAUGGAGAAUAUGCCGGGGCUAUCGUUGUAUCAUCGAAGUCAUGUACUGCAAUUCAAGAUCACGGAGUUAUUUCGGCAAGGAAAUCCUUCAAUCAAGUCGGGCCUUGAGAUCAUCAGUGAGCUCAACGUGUUAUCUGAUGAAUUCGAUACCUUGUUGAGUUCCGCCAAGUCUGCGCCCUCGUGUGAAGUCGUGGGUGACGGACGUCGCGUGAUGGAAACCAUCUUUUGGGCAGCCAUUACUUACUACGGCACAAUUGUGUAUUUUCACCUGUGCUUCAAAGACACCCUGGCCAAAGGACUGCAGGGUGCAGGGAUGAUGACCCUGCAUGAUGCCGUAUCCCAGGUUCUGGAACUUUCUCUGAGGCUACAUCGCAGCAGACCGCACUUGAUGGUGCGCAUCACGUGGCCUCUCUUCAUCGCGGGGAUUGCCACAUCCGACAGGAUAUACCAAGACUGGGUGUCAUUUCGGCUGCGCGAGCUUGGUCGCUACGGGCUCAACUACAGCCGGGUCAGCGCACGGUUUGACGAGAUAAUCCAAGGAGGCGAUCCAUUUGCGCACGGACGAAGGCCAUUGUGCGCACAGUAG